AGUGACAGCAAUGAUAUAGCAAUCAAAACAAACACAAAAGCAGCGAAAAAGGACUAAUUCAACUGGGGCAACGAAAAUAUCGACCAUGUAAUCCCGUUCGUGUUGUUUUUACUGUUUUAACCAUAAUUGCUACCGAUGUUUACGUAACGCGCGCAUUAUCAUGGAUAGUGCAUAAUCUAAUCUAGUCAAACGUACAACAGUUCAAAGUGUGUGUAGAGGUGUUAUCGAGUUAGUUGCAUGGAAAGGGAAGAACCAUGAGUGAAUCGGACCAUCGUAGAAAAAACCCUUUCGCUGCUCCUGCCCGGCAGAGUGACAUGCGGCAGGAUGCUGGAGACGAUUUCGAAGGCCACGAGCAAUACGACGAAACUUUAGGCGAAGAAGUUCCUUCGGCAAUGACGGAAUCGUACAGUGAAAUCGCCUACACGCACAACCUGUUCGCGGGAGCGGCUGCCGAAGAAACGGACGGUAGUGCUAGCAACGGUAACCAACCGGACGGAUCAUCUUCGUCCUCGUCGUCUUCGCAGACGAAAAAACGACCCGACUCCUUGGUGUGUGAUGGACGUAAAGCCUCAUUCCCAUACAACCUCGAAGGAACCGUACGGGUGGACGGCAACAUGACGCACUUUGUGGCGGAAAACCUAGAGUACAAAAUCAAGCUAGCCAGCCCGGUGACGGUCACACGGAAGGAUUCCUGCAAUCUGUCCAGCUCGCGGCAAAGCACGCCCUCGGCAGCUACCGGUGGUCUCAGCGGGCUAAGCUUUGGCCCCGGCACUAGCGGUGCUAAUUUAACGCUGCCCGGUACUAGCAGCAGCCGAGGACCGAUGGCGUACGGGAGUGGAUUCGUCGCUCCCCAUCCAGCCUCGGCCUCGUCCGUCGAUCCGAACGUGCUGAACGAGAUCGAACGCGAGGCGCAAGCGCUAGCCGCAUCGGUCGACAAUCUGUCGGAAAGCUUGUGCAGCGUGCUGCACUCGAUCUCCUCCAUUACGGCGGACAAUGUGGAGAUUUACAAAAACUCCGUCACGAAGCUGACGGACUGCAUGGACGGUAACAUCAAGUGUAUGUACACGAUAAUGGCCAAAGCGGAGGAAAUUUCCAAAACGAUCAAACCGGCCGAAGCCCUAGCAGUAAGAAUACGUGAAAUUAAACGACUUGUCGACAUGCUGGAAAGCAACGUUUGAGCGUGACAGUCAUCUACAGGGAGAGGCAUUGUUACAGCUGCGCGUGAGAAUUAUGUACACAUUCCGCCUAUUUGGUACUAUAUAAGUAUGAGAGAUUAUUUAUUACUCCUUUAACUAAUCUCGGGCUGCGGGAGUAUAGCUCGACCGCCCCGAAGCUCGCCAUUGCCACGCAAAGGUGCAACAAAAAAUCAAUCCCUCCGUGCUCUAUAUGUUAUGGUCCCUUUAUUAAUACCCAUUCCUUAUUCCGAUAUUAAAUAGUAUUUUAUUUUUAAUUUUAAGUUAAUUCGUUCAGUUUAGAGAGGCUUUUGUUUAGUGUUUUUUUACCCCCAAAAUGACCCAAAAAGUUUCCCUCGACUUACUACUCUUACUAGCCAUGUACAACGAUAAUUGACCGCAUUGGAAGAAGAGGUGUAUUAUUUGUUACGAGUUUAAUUUAACGACCAAGAAUUUAAAGAAGAACAAACAAACACGACCAUUGCAUAAGCUAACGAAUAAAUAAUGUAACCCAACUGA